AUGGAUAUGAAUAAUGUCGCACAUCCAGCUAUCAACAUAUGGACGUUCUUCGCCCUUGCGGCUCUCGACAUUGCAGCCAACGCCGCGGCUGGGCCUGCGGCUGUUGCAACCGCUACUCACGUCAACGGCAGUCCCUUGACGGUAAGAGCUAUGCAGAUCGGUGCGAUCGCCGGAGUGACUAAAUCUGGAGUGUUGGCCUUUGUCGAAUUCCUCGGAUAUGCCGGCUUGCCGACGCCGGCGUGGAUUUUAAUGGUUUUGAUGGCUAGUAGUUUUGGAAUUUGUGUGUUGAUUACUGCGGAGGUUAGCAAUUUGGUGCUUGGAGAAACACCGAGUGCGUUGCUCAUUGCGGCUGUUGUCGCUGCUAUCCCACUCGCUGGGGAGUGCAUUGGUAUCUAUCAGUCGGCUGGAGGGUUAUAUGGUGGUAAGCCUCAGUCCCAAGUCUUUAUUCUGGGCCUUGAUGCCUUAGGGGGAUAUGUGUUUGCUCGAAUGUGCCAUAAUCUCGGUUAUGACGUAUGCCCUUACAACGUUGCAGCUGCCGCCGGCGCUGUAUAUGGUGUUAUCACUGGCUUCUUCCAUACGAUCCUUGGCUGUCUUGCUGGGGCCACCUCUUACGAAAGUCACAAUGGUCAUUUUACAGUUCGGAAUGUGUUUGGGAUUGCAGAAGGGUAUAACCCCAAUUGGCAACAAGACCUACCCUAG